GGCAGCUCCAGGGUGCAGGUGCCAGGCAGGUGGCUCCGGCCAGCCCAGCCCCAGCAUGAGUUCCUUCGACCUGCCGGCACCCUCCCCACCCCGCUGCAGCCCCCAGUUCCCCAGCAUCGGCCAGGAGCCCCCCGAGCUGAACCUCUACUAUGAGAACUUCUUCCACUCACAGGGCAUGCCCAGCCCUCAGAGGCCAUCCUUUGAGGGGGGCACCGAGUAUGGGGCCACCCCCAACCCGUACCUCUGGUUCAACGGGCCCACCAUGACCCCGCCGCCCUACCUGCCCGGUCCGAACGCCAGCCCCUUCCUGCCCCAGGCCUACAGCAUGCAGAGGCCACUGCUGCCCAGCGUGUCGGGGCUUGGGGGGAGUGACCUGGGCUGGCUGCCCAUCCCCUCGCAGGAGGAGCUGAUGAAGCUGGUGAGGCCCCCCUACUCCUACUCGGCUCUCAUUGCCAUGGCCAUCCACGGGGCACCCGAGAAACGUCUCACCCUCAGCCAGAUCUACCAGUAUGUGGCCGACAACUUCCCCUUCUACAACAAGAGCAAAGCCGGCUGGCAGAAUUCCAUCCGCCACAACCUGUCACUCAAUGAUUGCUUCAAGAAGGUGCCCCGGGAUGAGGACGACCCGGGCAAAGGGAAUUACUGGACCCUGGACCCUAACUGUGAGAAGAUGUUUGACAAUGGAAAUUUCCGCAGGAAAAGGAAGAGAAAAUCGGAUGUUUCCUCCAGCACAGGCUCCUUGGCCUUAGAGAAGACAGAGAGCAGUCUCCUGGUGGGCAGCCCCAAGACCACGGAGCCUCAGGACAUCUUGGAUGGAGCCUCACCAGGGGGCACCACCAGCUCCCCGGAGAAGCGGCCUUCCCCUCCCCCAUCGGGUGCGCCUUGCCUCAACAGCUUCCUUUCCUCUAUGACAGCCUAUGUGAACGGGGGGAGCCCCACCAGCCGCCCCUUGGCCACACCAGGACUGAAUCCCGAUCCCAGUGACAAGACGGGGCAGAAUUCGCUGAGCUUCAACUCCUUCUCCCCACUCACCAACCUCAGCAGCCACGGCGGUGGGGGCGACUGGGCCAACCCCAUGCCCACCAACACACUCAGCUACGGUGGACCUGUGCUCAGCCAAUUCAGCCCUCAUUUCUACAACAGCGUCAACACCAAUGGCAUCCUCUACCCCAGGGAGGGCAGCGAGGUCUAGGUACAGAACAGCUCCUGAGCCAGAUGGACAUGCCAGAGAGAAAAGCAGUGGAGGUCCUCCAUGCCAACCCCACGGUAGUCCAUGACUGUGGAACUGCCCAGACAUAAGCAGGAGCCUCCGAGGAAUCCACCCUCUUUCUAGAACACUGGUGAAGACUUCUGUUUAUCACACAUAGGUCCACAUACAAACCCACCAACUUUGCAAUGCAAAUACUGGUGCCUGGAGAACAGCAGUAACAGUGGCCAGAUAUUGAGCACUUCCUACGUGCCAGGUGCUGUACUGGGCUCUGUACUGGCCACACUUUACUAUUUAUACUCACCACGUAAGGCUCACGAACCUCCCCAUUUAACAGAUGAGGAAACUGAGGCUCAAGGGGGUUAAAUAACAUUUCCAGGGUUAUAUAAACUAGUAAAUGGCAGAGCUAAGAGUCAAAUCCAGGUCUGCGUGGUCCUCAGAGACUGGAGGCCACGAUGGAGAAUUGGUUGAGUAGCCAAGAAAGAUCAGUGUGAAAAGCUUGCUAUGGCAAAUAUAGCAAAAUCUCUCCAUUGCCUUCCAUCCACCAAAAUUUAGUGCCAGCCCAGUCACAUCUUUUCCUGGUCUAAGACCUUAUUCUACUUGCCUCAGCUAAACCUGCAGACACUCCUUUUGCUGCCACGCAAGGAAGGAAGUCACCAUUAGCCUUAGCCCAGAAAACGCAGCCCUAGUGGCCCCUUGGAACGAUGCACCCAGCAUGUAUGUGUAAUGCAUCCCCAUGGAGAGACACCAUUGCUUCCCAGCACCCCCAGAAACCUUGAGCAGAUCCAGCGGUUAGUGAGAGGGGUGGUGUGUAUCCCUAAAUCCUCCCACCCCAGCACUGCCCAUCUGUAAAAUCUUGUAAAGCUCAGUUUCCUGUGCGCACCUCAUGGACCAGUGAGCUGGAGAUGGCUGAGUUUUCCAAGAGAAACAAGGCUGGGUAAGUGCUUCCUUUUUUCUAGCCCAAGGGAGGUGGAUGUUUGUCUGAAGAAACAAUGGCCUCAAGGGAGGGGCCUUGGGCACACCCUCACAGGGGGUCCCUGCGUGAGCUCCUGGGAUUUCUCCUUCUUGUUUUUGUGAGUACUUUAUAUGCUGGUGAUAUUUCAUCACAGCACACCCUGGGAAGUGUUGUUUGUUUUCUUAUUUUCUUUUUAAUUAAAAAAAAAAAAAGUGGUGC